AUGUGGUCCUCUAUUCAUUGGGAGGGUAUCGGGGUGGUCGGGUGGUCGCUGUAUGUUUCCAUGUUGACGUCUCCCAGGGCGGCGAAACGGUUUGUGCCGCUAACGUUGAUGGUGCUGGCAGCCUUGGCAGUGUCGGGUUUGUUGGUUUUUGUUCUUGGUUUGCGGCUCCUCUUCUGUGUUGCCACUUGGUACGGGGUUCCCCUUUUGAUUGCUACUUUCUCGUUCGUUCGUGCUGUGCCGAAUGCUUCUAGUCUGAUUGGGCAUCUUCUGCUGUUGGCGGCGUGGUCGGUGUCUACGCCGGACAAGUUCUUCCCUACCCCAGACCCGUCCCUCGACCUCGUAGAUCCGGCAAUCCUCACCGCUCCUUCGAGUCAUGUCAUCAAUAAUCCCGCCCUUUCCGACGUCGCAGCCGAAUACCUCAGCUACCUUCGUCUUACCAGACGCAUGCAAGACAGUUUCGUCAUUGACUUCGCUGCCGAGACACUGAAGCUUCUAGGUUACAAUGAGCGUUGUACCACGGUAUCUACACACUACAACAUUCCAUUCACCAUUGCUGGCGACGGCAAAUCUGUUGCUCCAGCGGACGUGUGCCUUAUCCAUAAUUCAAACUUUGUUCUCUUGGUGCUCGUUGAGGACAGCUUCCUCACCCUCCGGAAUGAUUCAGAGGCCCAGGUCAUUGCGGCGGCUAUAGCGGCCUUUCAGUUCAACAAUCGAAACCGCAGAGGCCGCACCCUCCAGCCUUUGGAUACCAUGACGAUCCCUUGCAUAACCAUGACCGGCACUUGCCCUUCCUUCUAUCUCGUCCCUGUCACUACAGAGCUGAGUAAAGCUGUCACCAGUGGCCUGCAUCCAGCUACUCAAACUCAGGUUUUGCGGUGUGCCACUUUAGCAAAAGACUUAGGGAUGGCAGAUACUGAAUACAGAAAGCUUGCUCUGAAACACAUUCUCGCUUUCAAGACACUUGCGAGAAGCCACUGGGAAUGUAUUUUGGAGGGGGUUCGGAGGAAUCCCUCUUGUACUGUCUGAAAUGGCGGUGGUGGUUUGAUUGUGAAGCCGCGACUCACCUUGCAUGUGCGUUUCACAGAGUUGUCGUUUUUACCCUCCAGGCCUUGCUCUUAUCGUUACUC